AUGCAGCACCACCCAGCAUACCAAGAAGACACACAAAAGCAAUCCAAAAAACGACGUCGGCUGAAUGAGUCAUCACCUUCACCAACCACGAUCGACACCCAAUGUCUAUUUUGCAACAUAGCGAUCGAGCGCAGCAGCAGGGAGGAAUUCUUGGACCACAUGGAGCAAUGCCUCACUCGAUUGACAGAGGGGAACCAGAUCCGCCGCAACAAGCAUCGAUCAGGCGCAUUCAGUAAAAUGACGACGUGUCCUGCGUGCAACGAAGAUAGCCCGUUUGAUUUCAAGAGUAUGAGGGAUAAGGCACGGCACCUUAAGCAAUGUCUCGUUUCCAAUGGCACGACACUUUCUAACGUGAUGGAUGCACGUGACAUCGGCCAUGCACAGAGUACUACACCUAUUGAUCUAUCAUCACCAUCACCACCACCACUAUCUAUUCACCAAGGCAACAAUAAUAUUGAUCUCACAAUCAUCGACGACGACGACGAUCCCUUUUCAUCACAACCACGAUUGGAAGACUUUGAUGUGGCAAACAAUAAGAGAAGAGACAGCUUAUUAUCAGACGAAUCACCAUCACCAUCAUAUACCCAUGCUGAUAGUAUUAUUGACAACAGCCAACUAGACAACAUUGAUCUUACAUUACUCGAUGAUUCUCCUCUUGUCGAUAUUUGGUCACAGCGGCAAGGAUCGGUUAACGGCGAUAUGAUUGAAGAAGAUGAAGCAGGCGACAACAACAACCCAUCAUUAUCUCCCUCUCCUUGUUCUCGGCAAUUGGAUGAUGACAACACCCAUGAGAGCAGUGAUCAGCAGCAGUAUUCGCCUAUGGAAGAUGAAUGUUUGGCUCGGUUAUUAUUGGAUCGGCUGUGCCUUGAGCAACAAUUUACACCAUCACCUUUCUUCACACAACUCAAAUCAAGCGCAACUGGUAUAUCCAACAGCGUGGAAGCACGUCGACGCAGUCUGGAUGUAUUUGAAAAAGUAUUCUUCAAUCAGCAACUCAACCUUCUUGAGUUAUCCACCAAGGACCAAUCGGCUUUGAUGCAAGAUACCCACCACUGCUUAAGCCAACCACAGGCGCAGUUUCUUUACAAUGUCAUCAAGGAAAUGCAAACACCCGAAUGCACUGCCGGGAUCACUUGGGUGUACGACGAUUAUUCCCUUGAUGGAAAUACCAUUAUGGCCAUUGAACGAUUGACUGAAUUGGAUUCCAGAUUGGCACGCGUUUUAUGUUUGUUGGAUAUUGCAAGCCAUCAUCCCAUGUUUGCUCGCAAGCAAGAUGUUAUCCAACGCCGUGGGACACAGACUUCUGUGGAUGAUGAUGAUGAUGAUGAUAAUUCGGUCAUUGCCGUCGAUCUCACUGGAAACUCGGAUCAUUCGCUCGAUGAGAUAAUACUAUCUUCUGCAUCCGACAUUGUGGAACUGGAUUUUGAUGAUGAAACGAGCAUUCAAAGCCAUUCAGAUGUCGCACAAACACACAAAGUGGAGGAUGAAUCAGAUGCCAAGGAUGGUGAACACCGUAGCAGCGACUCAUCGACGUCCAAGCAACAAAAGGAGGAUUCAUGCUCCAUUGGAUUUAAUACUCCGCCGAAUGUUCAUGCCAAAGACAACCGUCUCAUUGACAACGAAGAGGAUGAGGAUACGAAUUAUCAUUGCGACAAUCUCACAAACAGAGAAUUGAAUUUCUUUGCAGAUGCAUAUGGCCUUGAAAGUGGGAUGCGUAAGCAAACCAUUGCAUUGUUGAAUCGAAUAUGGAAAGAACGUGCGCAUCAAGUGGGUGGCGACGAUGAUGGGGAUGAUGAGCCAAGAUCUGCGGAUGGAUCAUCCAAGGCAGUGGAACUGAUACGGCAUUUAAAAUCUCGAAAAGAUAUCUGGAACAAGAUACUGCGGUAUGAGUGUGUGGACCUGGAUGAUUUCGAUGGCAGCAGCGAAGACUUUACUUGCGAUCAAAUACGAAAAGAGCUAGAUUAUCAUGGAUUCUUGAAAAAGUCUAAAUAA